GCAAUGGUGUCACCACCGUAUCUGGGGCGCUGUCUACGGGGAAGGGCUGGGCAAGAGGUCCGAGAGGUGGUCGGAAGGUCACCCUGCCCCAUCUCCAUCUCCUAUGAGAUGAGUGACUCCCAAGACUCCACCACUUCCCCUGUAGUUACCACCCAGGUAGAUCUGGGGGGCUGCAGCCGGCAAGGUGGGGGCAAUGGGUUCCUCCGUUUUCGCCAGCACCAGGAGGUCCAGGCCUUCCUCAGCCUUCUGGAGGACAGUUUUGUCCAGGAAUUCCUCUCCAAAGACCCCUGCUUCCAGAUUUCAGAUAAGUAUCUCCUGGCCAUGGUGCUGGUCUACUUCCAGCGCGCCCACCUGAAGCUCAGCGAGUACACCCACAGCAGCCUGUUCUUGGCCCUGUACCUUGCAAAUGACAUGGAGGAGGACCUGGAGGGCCCCAAAUGUGAGAUUUUUCCAUGGGCCCUGGGAAAAGAUUGGUGUUUACGAGUGGGGAAAUUCCUGCACCAGAGGGAUAAGCUUUGGGCACGGAUGGGUUUCCGGGCUGUUGUGAGCCGCCAGUGCUGUGAGGAGGUGAGGCUGGGAGGCAACCUGGGGUGUGGGGAAGGCUGGGGUUCCCACCCCAUUUACUGUCCACUCUGCUCCUUCCAGGUCAUGGCAAAGGAGCCAUUCCACUGGGCUUGGACUCGGGACCGGCGCCCCCACCAUGGUGGGGUUCAGAGGGUCUGUCCACAAGUCCCUGUUCGCCUUCCCCGGGGCCCUGGCCUCUCGCCGCCCCACUGUUCCCCCUGUGGUUUGCCCCAGCACUGCAGCAGCCACCUGCUUAAGCCUGUGUCAUCCAAGUGCCCUUCUCUGACCUCGGAAUGUCAUCGCCCUCCCUCCCAAAAUUAUCUCUCAAGGGUCAAAAACGCCUGGGGUGGGGACUUUCUCAUCGUCUUGCCUGCCCAGAUGCAACUGGAACCAGGCUCCUACUCCCUCCGCAGUGAGUGCAGGAUGGGACAGGAGCUGGGGGCUGGUGUGGGAGCUUGGGAGGCAGGAGUGAGGACCAACAAUAUGAGAGAGAGGGCCAUGGGCCUGGGAUCGACGUGCUGCCCCUCCCGUGUGAGCUUGGCAGGUUUCUUCUCUGAGCCUCACUCUUUCCUCUCCCCAGUCUUCCCAAAGCCUCCGGCACGCCCUGGGCACUGAAGCUCUGCAGGGUGAAGAACAGCACGCCUGCUGGCCCACUGACUGACACACCAUUGGCUGUGCUCCCACCCCUGCCCCUUCCUCCCAGCCUGCAGCUUGUGCCCACUCUGGUGCCAGUCCCCUCUAAUAAAUUCAUGUCCACAGGACACCAA